GGAUUAAAAAAAAAAAUCCAGUGGAGACAGCGAAGGAGCGGAGGAGGCGAGGCGGAGGGGACGAGGAGGCCAUGAUGCCGCCGGCGCUGCUAGGCUUACCGCGCUCCUCGUCGCCGUCGGUAUCCUCUUCCCCUCUCCGCCACGGCCGCCGAUCCGCCGUCCAGCGCCACCGCUCGCCGUUCCCCUCCAAACCCGCCGCAGGAGUAUGCUAUGCCAGCCAAGCGGUCGAACUGCUGCCGUCUCUGUACCCGGGGACGGGCAUCGUCGUUCGAGAUGCACGGCUGGAGGACUGCUGGGAAGUUGCAGACACUCACUGCGGCUCCUUCUUCCCGGGCUACAAGUUCCCGUUAGACCUCGUUCUCCGGCUCGACCGUUACAUCGCGCUCCUAUCCGGUUUCGCGGUUCCACCUGGCUGCACGAGGACGUGCCUUGUUGCGGUGAACCCUGCUGCAGUUAACGGCGCAAUCAGUAUCGAGUGUGGAGAUCUGACGGAUGCAGAGUUUCAUGGGAAAUAUGGUGUCAGUAAAGGCUCCAUUGCUGGUAUUCUCACGGUCGACACGGUGGCGGACUACCUUCCAAGACGGGGACCUCUCAAGCAGAGAAGAACAGGUAUUGCAUACAUAGCAAACGUCGCGGUUCGAAAGGAGGAACGUCGAAAAGGAAUCGCUAAGAUGCUCGUCGCGGAAGCUGAGGCACGAGCAAGGAGUUGGGGAUGCCGGUCUGUGGCCUUGCACUGCGAUGUAAGUAACCUUGCCGCGCUGCGGCUGUACAAAAGCCAAGGCUACAAAAGCAUCCGUGUACCAGAAGAUGCCAAGUGGCCGGCACCUAAGAUAGCCGAAGGAGUGCAAUACGACUUCAUGAUGAAGCUAGUGCCCAAGAAUUAGGCUGUUACAGUUUCAGAGUAUCAGACCACAAGAAAUGAGACUUGUAGAUACUACAGCAAUGCUGUGUAGAUGCUACAGAGCUGAUAUGUAGAUACUUCAGAGGUACUACGGAGGUGCCCCAGCACGUCUCUUCUCAUGUAUAGCAGUUGAUGUAUAGUUCAGGGUACAUAUCAUACAUGUAUAUCAUAUAACAGCUACAGUAUAUUGUUUCAAAAAGAUGUAAGGAUGUCGUAGACUUCAUUUCUUCA